CCAUGUACAAAACGCAGAAACGAAACUUGUUCACAGGUUCAAUAUAAAAUCAAAUCAAUUCGAAUAUCAUUCGCGAUUUAAUUAACUUUGUAUUUACUGCGUAAGGCUUCGCCACCGACUCGCACCACGCUGUUUGCGUGCGUUAACUUUUUCACGCGACGCAAGAGCGCAUAAGUUUUCCUCAGAGUAUUUUGGUUGAAUUUAAAAAAAAUCACAUCAUUAUGGAUGGUUUUGACGCUCUACUAAUUGCAAGUGUCAAGCGCAAUGUUUCAAUAUUCGAGAAAUACCACACUAGAUAUGACAGAAAGCAGGCGUGGAUUGCAGUGGCCCAAGCAUGCCAGAGAUCAGUUGAGCGCUGUCAAGUUAGAUGGAAGAGCCUACGAGAUCGCUAUGUGAGGGAAGCGCAAAGGCCCGCUGCCACAAGGAGGUAUUUUCGGAAGUUUAAUGAGCUCGAUUUCCUCAGGGAGCACAUAAGCAUCACAAGGAAGCAGAAUGAACUGUGCCAUACAUUAAACACAAAUACAACGCCUGUGCCGGCUGAAACCGUGGAAAGCCAGUCGGCAGAUGAACCAGCCCUUCAACGAAACUGCAUCACUGAAUUUCAACCGGAUGAGUUAAUAGUUGAGUUUAAGGGCGAGGAGGAAUACCUCAGCGAGACGAAUAACUCGAACGCGGAGUUUAUCUCAGAGGAUUCAGCGUGUCAUAUAGAGCAGAGCAGCAGCAGUUCCAAUGGCGAAGGACUGAGCCAAACUCAAGCCAAUUCCAUGAGCGUAAUGAAUCUCAUCGAAAGUGUGUUGCAGGAUAAGCCGGCAGAGCCCCAAGAUCCCUUCUACAAGUAUCUAGAGAGCAUUUUGGCUGGCGUAGACGAUAGUACUCGAAGAGAUAUACAACUAAAAGUGCUCAACUUCGUUAGUGACGAAAUCAGGGGAAGUAGACAAAAUUAGUUUACGAAAAUGAUAUAUAUACAAAUUAAUGGAUACUCACCCGUGU